CAUUCUUUCGAUGUGUGUGACCAAGGUCUUGAUCAAUGGCUUCGCCAUGAUGUAAUGGGUAUCACUCAAGAACGUCUUAUUAUUAAUUCGAGUUAGGCAUCAGUACGUCAAUCUUUCUACAAAAAAUGGUGGCUUUGGCCUAAAAGACCUUGUUGUUUGAAUGUACCUUGUGUUGCGCGCACAUCUUCUGACUUCUUUUGCUAUGUAGCGUUACUUUGUCGUUACCUUGUUGUUUGAAAUUCGAGUGCUUUAGCUAGUAUACAUUUUGACCGGUAGCACUCUCUGUCUUGGGUUUUACUUAGUUCAAGACUUCAAGUAGCUGUAUUGAUGAUGAAUGUAUUGCUUCCUUUUUGAAUUUUUAAGAAACACGAAUCUUUGGCACCAGUGAUGGCUAUAAUUAGAUGGAUUAAGCGACAAUUGAGAAGGAUAAAAUGGAUUAGAAUGCGAUACAAUUAAGGAUUGGGAAUAAGAAUUGGAGGAGAAUCUUGUGAAGAUUUUUUUUAGAAUUAGGGAUUAUAAGAGAUUAAGUAAAGAAGAUGAGAGAAGAGGGAUAAACUAAAUAUGGUUUGUCUAUUGAUUUAUGAUUAAUUAUGAUGUGGUGGUCCGACGGCUGAGGUCCGGUGGAAGAUGGGGUUUGACAAUAAGAUUUGUGUAGAAGGAAAUGGGUUUUCUGGUGGAAUUUGGGUUUUGUAGGAUGGGCACCAUGUCUUGUUAGAGAAAGCUAACCGAUCUACUCAAAUGCUUCAUCUGCGAGCCCGAUUUGGUAACGGGGAGCAGGGUUAUCUGACAACAGUCUAUGGAAGCUUAGCUCAGACUACUCGGUGGCCUUUAUGGAAGAGCAUUAAGAGCAUUGCGAUGGGGAUGGACGCUCCAUGGAUCCUCGUUGGUGGCUUCAAUGCUCUUCAUGGUCAGCAUGAUAAGUUGAGUGGUGCGGCGUUUGCUAAAGCGCCGAGCAGGGAGUUCAAAAGUUGUGUGGACGACUGUGUGUUAAUGGAUGUGGCGUUUUUUGGUCCUAAAUUUACCUGGCAACGUGGCAACCUGAGGGAGCGGCUUGAUAGAGCCCUCUGUAAUGGCCACUGGUUCCACCGCUUCCCGGAGACACAUACAACUCAUCUUCCAAAGCUCAAGUCCGAUCAUCAUCCAAUUCCCACUUGUUUAGAGGGCUAGCAAAGGAUGGGUCGGAAGGACAUGCCAUUUAGGUUCCUCGCCCCCUGGCUGCUGCAUGAAGACUUCCCCCGAGUGCUACAAGAGAAUUGGGCGGGUGGAGAUGAGUACAAAGCAGUUGUGGCAGCCUUGACCGCAAUCCUGAAGAUAUGGAACAAGGAAGUGUUCAGGAACAUUACUGCCAAGAAGAAAAAACUUCCAGCCAAACUACAUCGGUUGGAAGAACGCAAUGAAUCCUGUCCUUCUCUUGAGAGCCUCCAAAUUAAAGGAGUCGAUAGUUCGUAAUGACCUCAUGGAAGUUCUCAAGCAUGAGGAGCUCUUGCGGUUUCAAAAAUCGCAAGCGAAGUGGCUUCUAGAAGGUGAUCGGAACACCAAAUUCUUUCAUUUGUCCACCUCAAACGCAGAAGUUGCAACCGGGUCAGGAGACUUAAAUUGGGAAAUAGCGAGUGGGUGGAGGAGGUAGGCUAGCUCAAGAACCUUGUGAGUGAGUUCUUUGUUGACCAGUUCGCAGACCAAUCGAGUACAGGAUCCUCUCUCGAUGACCACUUUCCGCCGAUUGGGGAGGCUUGCAACUCUCUGCCAACGAUCUACAACAGGACGAGAUUGUGAAAGCCUUUAAAUCCAUGGGGGGCUUCAAGGCGUCGGGAAAAGAUGGGUACCAACCUCUCUUUUUUCAGAAACGUUGGAGUACAGUGGGAAAAAAAUGGGUUGCGUUUGUCUCUAACUAUUUAAGGAACCCGGAGCUUGUGGCAUCUGUCAACAAAACCCUCAUUGUGCUAAUCCCGAAGACGGCGCAGCCUGCGAGAGUUGCUGACUUCAGACCGAUAAGCCUGUGCAACGUGGUCUAUAAAAAUUUCACUAAAUGUUUGGCUAACCGGUUAAAACCUUUCAUGGCGCAGCUUUUGGCUCUAACGUAGAUGAGUUUCAUUCCGGAGAGACAAAUCCAUGCUAACAUUAUUAUCCUGUAGGAGGUGGUCCACUCUAUGCAUGCUAGGAAAUGUGGGAGAGUCCAUAUGGUGCUUAAGAUUGACCUGGAAAAAGCAUAUGAAUGGAUAAAAUGGAGCUUCAUCGCUGAUACGUUGCAACCGGAAGGGGCACCAGAGUCUUUCAUUCGUGGGGUGAUGGAAUGCGUCACUACCCCGUCCAUGGAUAUCCUCUAGGAGGGUGAACCAACAAAGGCUUUUUGGCCUACGAGAGGCAUCCGUCAGGGCUGCCCGCUAUCACCAUAUUUGUUCACCUUGUUCAGAGACUCAGCCACCUGAUCAAUGAAGCAGUAGAGAACGCGUUGAGGAAGUCGAUCCAACUAGUGAAGGGAGGUAAUAAACUUUCCCACAUCUUUUUAGAUGACGACCUUGUUGUCUUUGCUGAAGCCUCGCGGGAACAGGUGGACAUCAUCAUGCAAUGUUUGAGCUAGUUCUGCGAAGCGUCGGGUGGGUUAGUGAGCAAGGAGAAAUUGAGAGUCUACAUUUCCAGGAAUGUGAAGCGUGACCGGUGCAAUGAAAUUAGCGAGAAACUGGGGAUCCCUAUAACUCAAGAUCUUGGGCAGUACCUAGGAGUCGCAGUCCUGAAUGGUCGGGUCACAAACCAGGCAGACCAGUAUAUCAUUGAUAGGGUGGAUAAAAGGCUCGAGGGGGUGGAAAGCAGACAACCUCUCUCUGGCGGGGCAGGUCACUCUCGUUUUAUCAGUCCUCAACGCCAUUCCAUCGUACGCUAUGCAGACGUCAGUGCUUCCUCCGUCCAUUUGUGACUACAUCAAUAGGCCAAUUCGGGGUUCUUAGCAGGGGAGGAGACAGAUUCACCUCAUCAACUGGAGCACUAUAUGCCACCCAAAAGACCAGGGUGGUUUAGGUCUGUGCAAUGCCCGUGAUAUAAAUAUUGCAUAUCUCUUAAAACUUGCUUGGACUGUCCUUAAGCUCCCCGAUGAACUCUGGGUACGGAUCUUAAGAGAAAAGUACCUAAAGGAGGGGCCUGACGGUGUCAUUAGUGCUUGCGGGAAAAUUGGUUGCUUAGUAUUGUGGAGAGGAAUUCGCCGUGUUUGGAGCCUUAUGGAUGAGGAUGUCAUAUGGAGUGUUCGUGAUGGGCGAUCCACAACGUUCUAGGAAGCGGACUGGCUUGAUAGGGGGGACUGCCUCUCGGAGCAUGUUAUUAAUAGGGAUGCCCAAUUCCCAGACCAAGCCACGGUGGAGGAUAUGGUGACGAUGAAUGUCGAGUGGGACAUGCAGGUGAUAGGGCGCUACUUACCCCAUGAUAUUGUUUUGCAGGUUGCAGGGAUGCCAAUACCCAAACCGGAGCUUGGUGCCGAUGAGCUAGUGUGGGGGCUGGAACCCAAAUUCUUCUUCUCCCUCAAAUCGGCGUAUAGGCUUGUGGCAUAAGUGGAUGGAAGUGAGGCGAACUCCUUCAAGAAGACCCUGUGGAGGUGGCCAGGACCUCAUAAAAUUCGCCACUUCCUAUGGCUCGUGGCGCAUGGCAAGCUGUUGACGAACAUGGAACGCACCCGCAGGAACAUCAAGACCCAGACUUCAUGUCAACGGUGUCGGGAAGCGGACGAGACUGUAGAUCAUGCUCUUCAUCGAUGCUCCUUCGUGCGUGAGGUUUGGAAAGCGGUACUACCAGAGGCUAUCUCCCUUGCAACACUAGAGACUUACAGGAAUGGUUGACAGGCUUAGUCGGCUGCCCCCAGAAAGUUGCGUCAUGUCACAACACUUUUAACGGUAAUUUAACAGAUAACUAGACAAAAGGGUAUAUCUAUUGCGUUUUAAUAUUAGAAGUAUAUGUUUUUCAAAAAUUUAAUAGAUGGGUACGUUUGUUAAUUUAACAUAGUUAAAUGGUGCAAAAUGCUAUUAACCCAUGUUUAAAGGAAAAUAAUUAUACCUUAAAUAACACAAAACAUGAAUUUGAAGGUUUAAAAGGAAGAGAAAUUUCACAAUACUAUAAAACAUUGGUGCUAUAGGUUUUUGUCUUUGGUACAACUUCAUAUUGUAACUAUAUUCUUUUGUACAAUUUUUUUUUUUUAAUCUUAAUGUGAUGGUAAAACUUUAAGUUGUAAAGUUGUACUAUAACAUAAAUGUACAAAUUUUUUUAUGGUACAACCGAACUUAUACAUUUAACGUUAUGAUACAACUUUAAUUUGUACAUUAAAUCACAAAUACUUUAUAAUAGCAUAAUAAAAGUGCUAUAAAAGGAAUAGAUAUGA